UAAAAAAAAGAUUACAGAAAAGAAAAACAAUUUUUAUCAUUUUUAUAUGGAAAUUGUUUUUAGGACCAAUAAGAUAUUUGUGACAUUUUUGUGUCAAUUAAGCAAAUCUGCCUCUCAAAAUAUGUAUUCACAUUUUCCUAAUUACUGUAAUAGUAAUUUUUACAUUACUGUAGUCGAUUUAUUGAAAUCAGCACAAAGGCAAUACAAAUACGGUACAAAUAAUAUAAAACUUUGGUAAACAUCAGUAUUUUUGUUGCACUACAUAAUGAGAUUAAUGACUAUUGUGAUAGUCCUAAAACACAUUUCAUUUUCUUUAUGCCAAAUAUUAUUUAUUUAAUUUUGUUUUGGGGUGAAGAAUUGACUAUGGUUUAAAUUAUUUUCCAUCAUCAAAUUACUUAGCAUAGUUAUCUCAUGUUAUUGGUUUAAUAAUAUCGCACGUCACCACCAGAGGGCGAUAAUAAAAUGUGAAAAAUUCUGCUGCUUCAAACCUCAAAAAAAAAAAAAGCUCUACUAUCUUGUUUCAUGUUGUUGAGAGGCUGCCAACAGUGGAGAUCUGGACGACUGAUCUGUGAACAGAUCAAUAACUGUUAGUAAACGCAGAUGUUACAGCUGGAAUGCAGCGUUAGAGCAGUUAUUGAAGCUUUACCUCAGUACAAGCUGCUGAAAACUAGUUGUUUUACAGAAUAAGUGACUAAACAGGACAUUCCUCUCCUGUCUCUCUCAUUUGUCUGCAGAUGUGUGGUUGUGAAACAGAAUUGUACCUGUGCUGAAAAACACACGACAGAGCUUUGCAGAACUGGAUCGUAUCAAAUAGUCCACUAGAAAUGAUUUUCAGAACUCUGCAAUCACAGUUGUAAAAUAUACAUGAAAUACGCACAUGGAAACUGAUAAGGAUUCAUCAAAAGUCAAUUUUAGCUUAAAUACCAGUCUGACUGGGGUUCUGAAAGUUUGUUUGCAACCAAGAGUAGUUACUUAAUGACUUAAGAUUGUAAAGUGAUUAUGUGCUUGUGUCAUCGUAGGAGCCUUCAGAAGUACACUGACCCCUGAGGGACCCCGGCUCUUAACUGAAGCCCCAGGCAGAGGCGGUUCACAUCUGGACCGGGGUGGGGUGGACAGAGCUUUUUGUGUUCUCAUCAAUAUAGUUUAAAGCAGCAGUAAAAUCCAGUACAAAUGAUAUAGAAUUGUAUAUUUUACAAACUGGAUUCUAUUUAUUUGUCACUUUCUGUUACAGUCUGCCAUGAAUCUAUUGUAGACAGAGCACUGAAAUGUAUUUGUAUGUAGUUGUGGAAUAUAAAUGCAUAGUGAAGCGUUAAAUGACGACAGUUGUGUUUUGUAAAAGUAGAGUACGAUUUUCGUAAUUAAAAGCGUUCGAGGAGCGCGCUGUUGCUAUGGUUACCACUUGCGAUAAAACAUUCUCUGACACACUUUUUUGAAACUUUUAGUAAAUGUCACUUAAAUGUACAAUUAAACCCAUUUAGUAUGGUAUACGUAAUCCGGCCCAUAUUUAAACAACAUUUUUUUUGUCGUGAAUGAGUCUGUUUGUAGACACAUAAGUUAAUUUUUAUGUAGUUGUGAAAUAUAUAUAUUAAUAGUACAGUAAUUAAUGGUGAUAGCCCUUUUUUUUGCAAUAUUAUCCAAGUUACUAAUAUAAAAAAAAAAGUAAAGAAGCGCGCUGUUGCUAUGGUUACCACGUAGAUUUGAGUAUGCAUUUUGGCGCACUUGUAAAUUUUCUAAAAACGCAGAAAAUGUCAUUUAUACAUUGAAUUAAAACACUUUAGUACAGGUACUGAUGAUAUUCAAACAAAUCCAGCACAUAUUUUAACAGUGGGCUGUUUUUGUCGCAAAACGUUCGACAGUCUUCAAAUAUUCGUUGUUAAAGACUCGUAGACAGAAGACUUAAGUUUAUGUAGUUGUGAAAUAUAUAUUAGUAGUACAGUGAUAAAUGGCGACAACUCUUAUUUUUGCAAUAUUAUCCGAGUUUCGUAACAAAAUGCGCUGAAGUAGCGCGCUGUUGCUAUGGUUACCCUGCAGAUUCAAGUAUGCGUUUUGAUGCAAUUUUCUAAAAACAGAGAAUGUCACUUAUACGUUUAAUUAAACCACUUUAUUAACAGUACUUAAGAUAUUCAAACAUAUCCAGCACAUAUUUUAACAGUAGCUGUUUUUGUUGCAAAACAUUCGACAGUCUUCGAUUAUCCGUUGUUAAAGACUCGUAGAAAGAAGACUUUAAGUUUAUGUAGUUUUGAAAUGUUAAUUUCUAGUGAAGUGAUAAAUGGCCAUAAUUCUUGUUUUUGUUGAAGUAACUUAGAGUCACAUUUUUGUAACUUAAGUCGCUAUUGCUAUGGUUACCACUUGCUAUACAAGCAGUAAAACAUUCUCUGAUGCACUUGUACUUUUCUGAAACUAUUUAAAAAGUUGAACAUGUCACUUAAAUGUACAAUUAAACCAAUUUAGUGUAGGUAUACUUAAAAUGUUAUAUUUUAUAGUAUUUGAACAACAGUAGGCUGUUUUUUUGUCGCAAAGCGUUCCUCACAGACUUUGAUGAGUCCUGUUUGUAGAUUUUUAUGUAGUUGUGAAAUAUAUAUUUAAUAGUACAGUGAUAAAAGGCGACAGCUCUUUUUUUGCAAUAUAUUGCCGGAGUUUCCUAAGAAAAAGCGCCAAAAGAGUGCGGUGUUGCUAUGGUUACCGCGCCACGGGACUUAAGUCAGAUUGAGGUAAAAACGUAGUAAAUGUCCUUUAUGUUUAAUAAACUACUUUACUAUGGAUACUUGUGAUAUUCGAACAAAUCCAGCACAUAUUUUAACAGUAGGCUGUUUGUCGCAAAACGUUCGACAGUUUUAGACAGAAAACUUACGUUUAUGUAACGUUAGUUUUAAAUAUACAUUCAAACUAAAUAAUAAAGCCUCAUAGUUCUUAUUUUUGUCGACGUAGAGUCCUAUUUUCAUAACUAAAGUCGCUGUUGCUGUGGUUACUUACUUCUCAGGCGAACACGAUUUUGGCGCCAGAUGAAAAUAACCUCUCUGACAGACUUUUAAAACCAGCACAUUUCAAUCGUACGCUUUUUGUUGCGAAACUUUCGACGGUUUUAGACAGAAAACUUAAGUUUAUGUAACGUUAGUUUUGAAAUAUACAUUCAUACUACAUAAAAAAGGCUCAUAGUUCUUAUUUUUUGUCGAUGCAGAGUUGUAUUUUUGUAACUAAAGUCGCUGUUGCUAUGGUUACGCCUCAGCGAACGCGCUUUUGGCGCCAGAUGAAAAUACGCGCUCUGACAGACUUUUAAAUCCAGCACAUUUUAAUCGUACGCUUUUUGUUGCGAAACGUUCGACAGUUUUAGACAGAAAACUUACGUUUUUGUAACGUUAGUUUUAAAUAUACAUUCAAACUAAAUAAUAAAGCCUCAUAGUUCUUAUUUUUGUCGACGUAGAGUCCUAUUUUCAUAACUAAAGUCGCUGUUGCUGUGGUUACUUCUCAGGCGAACGCGAUUUUGGCGCCAGAUGAAAAUAACCUCUCUGACAGACUUUUAAAUCCAGCACAUUUUAGUCGUACGCUUUUUGUCGUGAAACGUUCAACAUUCUUGACAGAAAACUUUUUGCAACGUUAGUUUUAAAAUAUAUAUACACUAAAUAAUAAAUGCUCAUAGUUCUUAUUUUUGUCGAUGCAGAGUUGUAUUUUUGUGACUAAAGUCGCUGUUGCUAUGGUUACGCCUCAGGCUAACGCGAUUUUUGGCGCCAGAUGAAAAUACGCGCUCUGACAGACUUUUAAAACCAGCACAUUUUAAUCGUACACUGUUCGUUGAGAAACGUUCGACAGUUUUAGACAGUAACUUAAGUUUAUGUAACGUUAUUUUUGAAAUAUACAUUCAUACUAAAUAAUAAAUGCUCAGUUUUUAUUCUUGUCCACGUAGAGUCCGCUGUUGCUAUGGUUACCCCUCAGGCAAACGCGAUUUUUGGCGCCAGAUGAAAAUAUGCGCUCUGACAGACUUUUAAAACCAGCACAUUUUAAUUGUACGCUUUUUGUCGCAAAACGUUCAACAUUGAUUCUUGACAGAAAACUUAAGUUUAUGUAACGUUAGUUUUAAAAUAUAAAUUCAUACUAAAUAAAAAAGGCUCAUAGUUCUUAUUUUUGUCGAGGUAGAGUUGUAUUUUUGUAACGAAAGUCGCUGUUGCUAUGGUUACGCCUCAGGCUAACACGAUUUUUGGCGCCAGAUUGAAAAUACGCGCUCUGACAGACUUUUAAAUCCAGCACAUUUUAAUCGUACGCUUUUUGUCGCGAAACGUUCGACAUUCUUGACAGAAAACUUAAGUUUAUGUAAGGUUAGUUUUGAAAUAUACAUUCAUAUUAAAUAAUAAAUGCUCAGUUUUUAUUCUUGUGCACGUAGAGUCCGCUGUUGCUAUGGUUACCCCUCAGGCAAACGCGAUUUUUGGCGCCAGAGGAAAAUACGCGCUCUGACAGACUUUCAAACGUAGAAAAUAUCCAUUAUUAAAUGACUUUAGUAUGGGUACUUAAAAGCACCCCACCCUACCUUUUGUUGCCGUCCUCCAGGGGGUUCAAAUCUGCAGUAAUGUAAAUGAUUCCGAGGCUCCUCCACCUCCUCAAUGAACUCCGCCCUUCAUGAACUUCUCUCACACCUCCAGAGUUCAUCACCGUUACUUCUGACCGGAGCUUUGACGGACUCAUCGGACAAUAAACGCACAUAUAUGUGGAGUUUCUAGGGGUUUAUAAUGGUUCUUCUGCGCAGUGUUGGGCUUCUGGCUCUGCUGGUGUCGGUCCAGUGUCUGAACCGGGAGCAGCUCUUCGAUUAUGGGAUCGAGUUUGGCGACAAGAUUCUGGAAUCUGGAACCGAUUCGGUUAAAGAACUCGAGCUGGAGCAAACGCUGCUCUUCUUCAAAGGAAAGUUCGACAAAAUUUACGUCAACACUAAUGGCUUCAUCUCAGUGACUGAACCGACCGAUGAGUCUGAGUACCUGGGGAAGAUGCCGGCCAGUUUUGGUAUGAUUGCAGCCUUCCUGGGAGAUCUGGACACCACCGAUGGGGCCGGUCACGUCUAUUUCCGCCAGGAUAAAAGUCCUGAGGUGCUCCGGAGAGCCGCAGAGCACAUUAGCCAAGCGUUUCCUUCAGACGACGGGAUCGAACCCACGCACGCCAUCAUCGUCACCUGGGAGAACGUCUUGCCUCAAGGUGAACACGGACGAGGAGAUGGAUAUGAAUUUUCGAGAAACACUUUUCAGCUAGUUGUAGCAAACCUGGAGACGGCGUCUUACGCCAUCCUGCUGUAUCCAGAAGAGAAAAUGCAGUUCGGUUCCACGCUCAUUGAUGAUCAAGAUCAGCCGGUUGAAGUCGGCUUCAAUGAAGGGAAGGUCGCGGGCUGGUUCGGGUGGGCGACCACUCAAGGAUCUUAUUAUCGCAUCACUCAAGACGAGGAGUCCGUUAGCGCUCUCGCACAGGAGACAAACUCGGGCCGUCCUGGCAUUUGGGUCUACCAGAUUGGCAAAUUGUUUUUCACCUCCAUCAUACCUGGAGAGGUCACACAGGUCACAGAGAGCACGGAGGGCACGAAGGUCACAGAGGGCACCGAGGUAAUGAAGGUCACAGAGGUCACAGACUUUACAACUGAGGAGACUAUGGUGGACACUCCGGCCCCUGAGCCAUCGAUCCCGUGGAUUGGACACCACAAGGAGCUUCAGACCUUCGAACCUCCGUAUGAAACGCUCACCACCAGUCCUGAGCCGUUCGCAGAGUCGUCCACCCCUGACGAGCCUCAGUAUCAUUACGUUCAGCCGCGGCGACCGCAAACGCCGCUUCAACAACAACCGCAGAUCCCGCAGGUGGUGAUCAUCGAUGAGGACGAGCUGAACGUCGACGUGUUUUCUUAUAAUUACGAGACGUGCUCCAGCAACAAGCACAAGUGCUCCGUGUUUGCCGACUGCAGAGAUUACGCUAACGGAUACUGCUGUCACUGCAAACCCGGAUACUACGGCAAUGGCAAGGAUUGUGUCGCCGAAGGCAAGCCUCAGAGGAUGAACGGGAAGGUCAACGGCAGGAUCUACGUGGGCGAUGCUCCGUCACCCGUGGAGUUUUCCAACAAUGACCUGCACUCGUAUGUGGUGACUAACGACGGUCGGGCGUAUAUCGCCAUCAGCAGCAUCCCGUCCAGCGUCGGCCCGUCUCUGCAGCCCCUGCCGGCUCUGGGCGAGGCCAUCGGAUGGGCGUUCGCUCUGGAGCAGCCCGACUACCAGAACGGCUUCAGCAUCGUCGGAGGGCUUUUCACCCGGCAGGCCGAGGUCGUAUUCCAGCCUGGUAACGAGCGGUUGACCAUCAGGCAGGAAUUCAGAGGCAUCGAUGAACACGAUCACCUGCUGAUCAGCACCGAACUGGACGGCAGGAUCCCAGAGUUGCCACAAGGAGCCACGGUCCAGAUUGAGCCCUACAACGAGAUUUACCAGUACUCAAGCAACUUAAUUACGUCCUCCUCGCGGCGGGACUACACCGUUAACAUGCCCGACGGUAGCGUUCGCACGUACAGCUACUUGUGGACGCAGAACAUCAAGUUCCAGAGCUGCUCGCACGAGGAGGUCAUGAGCGCUGUGCCGGCGAGCCAACAGCUCAGCGUCGACCAGAUCUUCGUCAUGUACGACGCCAGCAACCAGCUGAUCCGCUUCGCCAUGAGCAACAAGAUCGGCUCCAUCCACAGUGGAAUCCCGGAGCAGAAUCCCUGUUUCACAGGAAGACACGGCUGCGACACCAACGCCGCCUGCCGUCCCGCUCAAGGAAAGGAGUUCACCUGCGAAUGCGCCGCUGGAUUUACCGGAGACGGACGCGUUUGUUACGAUGUGGACGAGUGCUCAGAAAGCCCUCAGAUCUGCGGUCCGUACAGCAUCUGCAACAACCAGCCGGGAUCUUUCCGCUGCGAAUGUCUGGACGGUUUUCGGUUCGCCAGCGAUGGACGGACGUGCGUCGAGACGGAGCGUCCCGUGGAUCACUGUCAGAGAGGAACGCACGACUGCGACGCUCCCGAACGCGCCAGAUGCAGCUACACGGGAGACUCGUCCUACGUCUGCUCCUGUCUGCCGGGCUUCUCUGGAGACGGACGGGCGUGUCAGGAUAUCGAUGAGUGCCAGCCGGGCCGUUGCCAUAGCGAUGCCAUCUGCUACAACACCCAGGGCUCCUUCACCUGUCAGUGCCGGCCUGGUUUCCACGGCGAUGGCUUCAGCUGCACACCUGGUUCCGAUCGUGAGCAGACGGCGUGUGAGCGUCACCGAGAAUCAGCUCUGGGGUCGUCCGGCGGGUACUUCUCCUUCCGUCCACGUCCGGCCGUCGGUCAGCACGUGCCCACCUGUGACGCCUACGGCGCUUACGAACCCACGCAGUGUCACGCCAGCGUCGGUCAGUGCUGGUGCGUCGACUCGUCCGGACAGGAGAUUCCCGGAUCCAGAGCCGAACCGGGCAGCAGACCCAUGUGCAUUGAUCAUAACGUGGCUCCGCCCCUCACUGGCCCCACCCCCAGAACUGACAUCAGCCCUCUGACUCCUGGAGCAAACCUCCUAUUCGCCCAAAACGGCAAGAUCGAUCACAUCCCGCUGGACGGCAACCGAAUGAACAAAGACGAGUCGAAGACGGUUCUGCACGUACCCGGUAAAGUGGUGAUCGCGGUGGCGUUCGACUGCGUGGAGCAGAUGAUCUACUGGUCUGAUAUCACACAACCCGCCAUCAGCAGAGCAAAGCUACAGGGCGGAGAAACCAGCAUCCUCAUCAGCAAAGAUCUGGGCAGUCCUGAAGGAAUCGCCGUCGAUCACAUGUCCAGAAACAUGUACUGGACCGACUCCAUACUGGACCGCAUCGAGGUGUCCAGAUUGGACGGAAGUCAGCGUCGCGUCCUCUUUGACAACGACCUCAUCAACCCACGACCGAUCGUCGCUGAUCCCGCCAACGGAUAUCUGUACUGGGCCGACUGGAACCGAGACGGGCCCAAGAUCGAGCGCUCCAGCAUGGACGGAAGCGACAGGACGGCACUGGUGCAGGACGGACUGGGGCUGCCCAACGCUUUGACCUUUGACCCCCAGAGCAGGCAGCUCUGCUGGGCGGACGCAGGAACUCGUAAGGUGGAGUGCGUCGAUCCGUUCUCUCGUCUCAGGAGGAAACUGACCGAAGGCAUUCAGUAUCCGUUCGCCAUCGUGUCUUACGGCAGAAACCUCUACUACACCGACUGGAGAAGGGAAGCAGUGGUUGCUUUGGACCGCAAUGAUGGGAUGGAGGUGGAAGAGUUUCUUCCUCAGAGACGUUCACGUACAUACGGCAUCACUAUGACUUACCCACAAUGCCCUGCAGGCGUGAACUACUGCUCUCGUGAUAACGGAGGCUGCUCGCAUCUAUGUCUGCCGCGGCCGGGCGGAUUCACCUGCCGCUGUCCCAGCGCCACAGACGGGUCGUGUGUCGAGCAGGACGAGAAUUUCUGAGGUUACGUGAGACUGAGAGACACUGAGAACUGAAGAGGGAAUGAUUUGCGUUCCUCAUGACAGAUCCGUCCGCUCGGGUCAAGACAAUCAAUACAAUAGGGAUGCACUCGAUAUAUUCAUAUCACAACUGCCAGGAUCAGCGUUCUUCGUCAUCGUGUCGUCUGAUGAGGCUGAUGACAGACGCAGAUAAUAUCAGGGAUUCACUUUCCUCAAAGUCUUUCAACAGUACUGAACAGUUCAAUAUGGAAGCUUGUUUUCGUCACAGAAUAAAAAAUAGAAAAGGUACCUGCGGCUUUUUUCUCACCAUUGUUUACAUUUACAUCUCACAAUUCAGACUUUUUUUAAUUGGAAUUUGGAGUUGACUUUCCGCAAUUGUGACUUUUGUAUUGGAAUUCUAAGUUUACGUUUCACAAUUCUGACUUUUUAUCGGAAUUCAAAAUCUACUUUUCACAAUUAAGAAUUUUUUAUCAGAACUCAAAGUUUACGUUUCUCAAUUCUGACUUUUUUAUCGGAAUUCAGAAUAUACUUUUCACAAUUUAGACUAUUGGAAUUUGGAGUUUAUGUUUCGCAAUUAUGAUUUUUUAUCACAAUUCAGAGUUGACCUUUUUAUCGGAAUUUGGAGUUUACUUUUCGCAAUUGACUUUUUUAGCGGAAUUCACAGUUUACUUUCUUUUUAUCGGAAAUCCAAAGUUUACUUUGCGCAAUUAUGACUUUUUUUAUCAGAAUUCUGAGUGUACUUUUCGCAAUUCUGACUUUUUUAAUCGGAAUUCGAAAUGUACUUUUCACAAUUUAGACUAUUGGAAUUUGGAGUUUACUUUUCGCAAUUAUGAUUUUUUAUCACAAUUCAGAGUUGACCUUUUUAUCGGAAUUUGGAGUUUGCUUUUCACAAUUGACUUUUUUAGCGGAAUUCACAGUUUACUUUCUUUUUAUCGGAAAUCCAAAGUUUACUUUGCGCAAUUAUGACUUUUUUUAUCAGAAUUCAGAGUUUACGUUUCGCAAUUCUGACUUUUUUAUCGGAAUUCAGAAUAUACUUUUCACAAUUUAGACUAUUGGAAUUUGGAGUUUAUGUUUCGCAAUUAUGAUUUUUUAUCACAAUUCAGAGUUGACCUUUUUAUCGGAAUUUGGAGUUUACUUUUCACAAUUGACUUUUUUAGCGGAAUUCACUGUUUACU